GGCACUCGGUGGUUCCCGGCGGCGCUCGGGCGGCUUGCGCGCCGGGAGCCCCGGGACGCGCUGCGCACGUGGAGAGGAGCGCGGGCCCCCGAGCUCGCCUCCCGGCCGCAUGUUUGAGGAGCCCGCGUGGGCCGAGGAGGCCCCGGCCGUCCCGGACCCCCGGCCGGUGCCCUUACGGCCGCGGCCCCCGGCAGCCUCGCACACCAAGGGAUCCAAGCGCCGCCGGCUCUUGGCGACAUUAAGGGCCCUGGAGGCAGCAGCUCUGCCCCGGCAGCCCCCCAACCUGCCCGGUAGUGACUCUGAGGAGGAGGAAGUGGUGGAAAGGAAGAGGAGACACCCAAAAAAGGCCUUACGUGCCAGUGCUUCUCCCGAAGGAGAGAAGAAAAGAAAGAAGAAAUGUCAAAAUUGGGGCCCGCCUGGCAGUGACUCCGAGGCAGAGGAAGCGGCAAGGAACAGGUGCCACGAAGGGGCUCUUCGUGGCAGAGACUCUGCUAACAAAGAGACAGGAAAGAGGAAACACCAGAAACGGGCCCCUGCAGAUCCUGCCCAGCACUUGGGCAGUGUUGCCCAAACAGGUCCUAAAGCUUGGAAUUCUAGUGCUGCAAAUGAUCCCACCAAGCCAAGCCCUGAGACCCCUUCCUCUGAACCCCCCCGCACCUUGAGUCGCAAGCAGUGGCGGAACCGGCAGAAGAAUAAGCGAAGACAGAAGAACAAGUUUCGCCCCCCUCAGCCCCCGGACCAGCCUCCGGAGCCGGCCCCUGCCCCCACCCAGGAGACCGAGGCGCCUCCUGCUGCCGGGCCGGACGGCCCCGGGGCCCGGGCUGAGGCCCUGAGGGCCCGCAUGGCCCAGCGGCUGGACGGCGCCCGCUUCCGCUACCUCAACGAACAGCUGUACUCGCAGCCCAGCCAUGCCGCGCAGCGCCUCUUCCAGGAAGACCCCGAGGCCUUCCUCCUGUACCACCGUGGGUUCCAGAGCCAGGUCAGGAAGUGGCCGCUGCAGCCCGUGGACCGCAUCGCCAGGGAUCUUCGCCAGCGGCCUGCGUCUCUGGUGGUGGCCGACUUUGGCUGUGGGGAUUGCCGCCUGGCCUCGAGCAUCCGGAAUCCUGUGCACUGCUUUGAUUUGGCCUCCUUAGACCCCAGGGUCACCGUGUGUGACAUGGCCCAGGUGCCUCUGGAGGAUGCGUCUGUGGAUGUGGCCGUGUUCUGCCUUUCGCUGAUGGGAACCAACAUCCGAGACUUCCUGGAGGAGGCCAAUCGCGUACUGAAGCCAGGGGGUCUCCUGAAAGUGGCUGAGGUCAGCAGCCGCUUCGAAGAUGUUCGGACCUUCCUGGGGGCUGUCGCCAAACUGGGCUUCAAGGUCAUCUCCAAGGACCUGACCAACAGCCAUUUCUUCCUGUUCGACUUUCAAAAGACUGGGCCCCCUCGGGUAGGGCCCAAGGCUCAACUCGCAGGCCUGAAGCUUCAGCCCUGUCUCUACAAGCGCAGGUGACCUCUGGACCCCCCUUGGAAAGGGAGGCAAAUCUUAAACCCCAGGCUCAGUCGUCUGAAGACUGUUCCCGGCCAGGCUGUGACCCAGGACGUGGUCACCCUUCCUCCGUCCCACAAGCAAAAUGUAAUGAGCGCCCUGGCUCAGUCUUGCUUUAAUGAAGGCUUCUUGGUUCCAGGAAGCGUAAGGUCGUUUGGGCUGCAGCUGAAGAACAAGGAGCGUAUGGCGAGAACACGGCGGUAUCUGGAAUUACAGGGCCCCUCGGAGUCAUGAAAGCUGCGUGGUUUGGGGUUCUAGGCAUCUCUGGGUUAGGCUCCUCUUUCCGUCUCUCAGGAGCCCAUGGGCUUCCUGUCCUAGCACUUUCCUUUCCUCUCUUCUCAUUUUCCCUCCUGCGGACGAGCUCACCCCAGCUCCUCCUGCAGCUUGAUCCUGUCCAGGUCUUUAAGGCAGUGCUUCUUGGCUCUGGGGCACUGGUGCCACCACCCUUGUGGCUGGGCUUCCAGGUUGCCCCUGUACUGAAUACCUCUUUCUCUGAUUCUCAUCUCCAUCUUUGGAGCCUCAUGGCCCAAACUACUCCUGGUAGGGGAGUAGUCCUGGGGGGGCUCUGGUGUGUGUCAGGCUGAGAGCAUAGAUUUUGGAAUCAGGUAGGACUGCCGCUUAUUGCCGAGAGUCUUUUAUCCCCUUAGGUUGGUUGGUGAGGUUUUUUUUUUUUUUUUUUUUUGAUCACGCCUGUGGCAUGCACAAGUCCCUGAGCCAGGGAUCAAACUCACCACCACAGCUGUGACCGUGCUGGGUCCUUAGCCCACUGAGCCACCAGGGAACUCCCCCAGGAGUCUUUGAAUCUUUGAAAGUCACGUUCCUCAUUUGGAAAAUGCUAGGAUUCCUGUCUCAUGAGAUUGUUGUGUGGAUUAACGAGGAAACGUGUCGCCAGGGCUGGGUACAUAGGAGGUGCUCGAUAAACUGUAGCUGUGACUGUUGUGUGUUAUAAGCCGGACUGUUUUCUAAGGAUCUUCGCCAGGCAUGGUUAGGGAUUGAAGGGUAAAGAAUGCAUCUGUUGACUGAGAAAGACUUGGGGAACUCAGGAUAGGCCUUUCAACAUUCUUAAUUGUAUAGGGUACUUAAAAGAUUCCUGAUGGGUUCUGAGUUGUUUCUGGAAGGGGUGGGGUAGGGUCUGGGUCUCUUCAUCACAGCUGAUUGGUGCCACUCGGGGUGGGCAUCAGGCUCCUCGCUGGCAGGGGGUGUGUCUCUUUCUGCCCGGGGGGCGCCCAGACCAGCUUGUCCAAGGACAGCCAGUGCUGGGUCAUGACCUGCCUGAGAGUCCUUGGCCUCUUCUGGAAGGCCUGUGCCGUGGGCCCAAGCAUAAAACACAGCCUGUUUUACCUGAUUCAAAGAGCAAGACCUGCAGGUGACCACUGGGACGCAGGUUCCAGGGCUCUGAGCCAGUUACGUGCCUCCGGUAAGGGGGGGAUGCUUAGGGGCAGUCUGUGUAGACCAGAGAGCGUGUUUGGAGGCUGCACUGGGAAGCGUUCAGCGGAUGGAGUAGCUCAAUACCUCGGCGUGGGCUUCUCUGCCGAAUGCUCAUCUGACUGGCAGCGUCUUACUCCUCCUUCCAGACGGGCCGGCCAGUAGUUUCCUUCUCCAGGACUCCCGAAGCAGGGCUGGCGUGUGCACCUGCACUCUUAGCGCUGUGUGCAAAGUGCGGCUUCAGGAUUUAAAUGUUGUGCGGUGAUGGCUUUGUGCCGUCGGCUGCUUCUCGCUCGUCUUUAUCCUUGUGUUCCCAGAGCUGGUCCCUUGAGAUUCUUCUAAGGAGGUGACAGGGACCAGCUGAGUGGGACUGAUGAGAAGCAGGGGUGUCGCAGGAACCCAGGUUCAGGCCCACGAUGAGGGCACCUGACGAUGCCCUCAGACGAUGGAGGAGGCAGGCAGGCGGGAGAACCUCUGCAGGUAGAACCGAGGGACAUGGAGGCUUAGAGAGAGAAGGUCUGAAGCACGGCUCGGGCAGCUGGUUGGCUAGUGAUGCUGUUCAGGGUGGUGGCCUUUCGGUACCUGACUGUCCUUUGGAAAUGGGACGUAAACUCAGCAGCCUGGGGGAGGUGCUUCGGUCAUAGGGACAGGCAAGAUGGCCAGAGUAUGAUUAAGGAGAAGGGAAAAGGGCUCUGAGCUCUCAGGAGCAUGUAAAGUCUGGGAAAAGAAGAAUAAACCAGUGAAGGUGACAAGCUGAGAAGGUUUGGCCACAGGUGGAGAAGUGAAACCAGGGGAGUGGAUUUCACACGGAAGGGAUGGGGAGGCUGUCAGAUGCUGUUGAAAGGUCUGUAAGGAUGAGCGAGAAGCCAGAUCGCAGCAGGAGAGGACCGCAGUGCAACGUCGAGGGCCUGUUGGAACUUACAGGGCGGCGUUCAUGAAUCAGUGACCCCAGCCAGCCCAGUGGGGGAUCUCGGCCUGCCCAGGAAUCUAGGCGUAGCAGUGGAAAGAGUGAGCACUGAGGGAUCACCCAGGAUGGGAACCUUGCCGCCCUGUUGAAGUGAAAUCGAGCAGAGGCGGCUCAGACCGUUCGCAAGUCAGCGAUGGCAGUGCCGGACCGCGGAAUUUUAUAGAACAGGUGUGUGAGUGCAGACGGGGGCUGGCUCUUGCAUUGGCAGUAAUUGGACCAGGAGUCUGGGAGCCUGGGAGGCUGGGCUCAGAAAUUGGAACUCAGAGUAGUUCCCGUCGGGAAGCAGAGCAGCGCCAGGCGAUGGCAGUGUCCAGAGUGUAGUUAUGGGGAGAGGGCCCGGGAAGCGUGCGAGGGAGGCUCCAGGGAGACUGGUGAAGGCGCGCAGGGCUCAGGGCCUGGGAGGGCAUCUGCGUGGACUUGGCAGUUCUCCAGGGUGAUGGUUGCGGUUGGCUCGGAGCAGGUGCCAACCCCUUGAAGAAGAGGGCGGGACCAGGAGAUGUGCAGACAAAGGGUGGGAGAGGCUGGAUAGCACGGAUGUCAGAAGGACCGCACAGGCCGCCGGAGCGGCUUCCAGUUCGGGGGGGGGAUGUGAGGCUGGUGAGUGGGGCUGGCUGCUGGGCAGCCCAGAUCAAAUACUCUGAGCGUCCUCUCCAGCUGGUCGGGAUCCCCUGGGGAGACGGCUGUGACGGCAGCUCCACGGGGCAGGAGGCUCAAGCCGUCCAUCCCAGGCCUGUUUUGGAGGAGCCGGGCCCCUCGCUGUAGGACACACGGCUCCUUUUACGGUGUCUCUGUUUCCCGGUGCUGUUUAUCCCCCUAGACCUCGAUUCGCUUCCCCUGGUCUCUCACCGUGCUCAGCGGGACCGCUGGGCUCCGCCGCCUCCCUUACUUGUGAUUUGGAUUCUCUCUCUGCCUGUCCUGGCUCGAGCCACCUGAGUAAAUAUCUUUCUGGGUCUGA